AUGCCUGCUCUCAGCUUGAUCCCCCGAGAUGAGGCCGUUUAUCAUCAACUCGCCAGAAGAGACAACUGGCCCAGUCGAAACGUCGGUGUCAUGUUGGUUUUCUGCAUUAUCUUCAUCAUCGCCUGUGGCCUGCUUAUUCUUGCCCUCUACCGAUGGAAUCUACGGCGCAAGGCCGCUCGUGGAGGCCAUUAA